AUGAAAUGGGAAAGAGCCGAAACUCUAGACUUUUGUGGCCGUCAAAGCGCGCCAACGGAACCGCUGUCAUUUAUUGAGUUUCAACGUUUUAAGCCAAAUGAGGCUUUAGCGGGUACUUCGGAUUAUUCCAUUCAUCCUAGACAUUUCACUCCACUCCGCCUUUAUGGAUUCUCGCCCGGGAGAAAUACACUUCGUCUAAUUACCAAAACAACAUCUUAUCCUCAUCCAACUUUAUCAAAAGACCAAGAGCGAGCAAGAACUUGCAUGAAUUCUCCAUAUAAUCAAGUUCCCAGACUAACCAUGCCAGAUGGCGCAUCUAAGUGGGGAGUCACACGAUUCAAACCUUGCACAGCAUGA